UCUUGGUGUACUUUGUAUGUUAUUAUUUAAUUACUGUCUGAAUAUUAUGGAUGCAUGUAACCUAUUCUGUCCCUUUAUCAUUUGCAAAAGUCAGUUGAAAAUAUAUGUAAUAUUUACAUGGAUCAUAACAUAAGAGGUUACAACACCAAAAGGUCACCAUUCAUUCACACCACAGAUUCAUGAUCAAGAUAAUGUAAGAGCUUUUUAUCAGGACACCUUGCACAGUCUUUGAUUUUGAAGUGCCUGUGUCUCUGUAUUAGCGUGAGACCACAGAUGGACAUACUGUGUAAUGGAGCCAAGAAACCCGAGGGCAGCGAUCCCAUUGUAGACCCCAGACCCCCUCCUGCCAAGCUGGCUCGCCUGGAACAAAACGGAGCGGGACCCUCGGCCCAGGAGAGGAGCAGGCAGGGGAGUCCUGUGGCCAAAAACCCCUGCCUUGCCCAGAAGCCCACUGCAGUGAGGCCACAGGGCAAAAGCUGGCACAGCAGAGGGAGCCUGCUGCCGGUGUUCUGCGUGGUGGAGCACAGGGAAAGCUCACUGGAGGGAGAGAAGAGAGAGGAACAUGCUGAGUUUGUGUUGGUGAAGAGAGAUCUGCUGUUUAACCAGCUGAUAGAGAUGGCCCUGCUGACACUGGGCUACUCUCACAGCUCUGCCGCACAGGCUAAAGGUCUGAUCCAGGUAGGAAGGUGGAACCCGGUACCUCUGUCCUGUGUAACAGAUGCUCCUGACGCCACGGUGGCUGAUAUGCUGCAGGAUGUUCACCAUGUAAUCACCCUUAAAAUACAGCUGCACAGCUGCCCCAAAUUGGAAGACUUGCCAGCCGAGCAGUGGAGUCACUCCACGGUGAGAAAUCUGCUGAAGGAGCUCCUCAAAGACAUGAACCAGAGCUCGCUGGCCAAGGAGUGUCCGCUGUCCCAGAGUAUGAUAUCAUCUAUUGUAAAUAGCACUUACUAUGCAAAUGUCUCAGCUGCCAAGUGUCACGAGUUUGGUCGAUGGUACAAGCACUUCAAGAAGACCAAAUGCUUCAAGGAGAUUGACAGCUUUUCUGAGCAGUCAGCACAUAUUACCCUCACCCAGCAGCCAAUCACAGGUAGCCCCGCUGAGCAGAGCCAGACCCUCCUUUUUCCUCACGGAGGAGUAGCAAACAUAUGUGGUCGCUCUUCCCUUGGUCUGCGGCCUCCCGGGCUGGUAACCCAACCUCUCAGCUCCCAAAUGGUUAACCAGCAGCUGGUGAUGGCCCAGUUUCUCAACCAGCAGUAUGCCGUUAGCCGCAUGCUAGCUGGCCAGGGUCUCUCGCCGUCCCCGCAGCAGUAUCUCAACCACCCCCCUGCGGGGAGGGCUCCUGCCAAGGUCUUCUCCAAAGCCUCUGAUACCCAAGCCCCUCAGCAGACACUGUGCGGCCCAGGGGGAGGCCCUGCAGCCGCGCCGCAAAACCAGACAUCGGCUGGGUCUUCUGUGGGGCCGUGUGACGUGCCAAGUGACAUCUACCAGUGUGUGAGGGAGGAACUGAAGAGAGCAGGCAUCUCCCAAGCCAUUUUUGCCCGGGUGGCCUUUAACAGGACCCAGGGCCUGCUAUCUGAGAUCCUGCGUAAGGAAGAGGACCCCAAACACGCCUCCCAGUCCCUGCUGGUCAACCUGCGGGCCAUGUACAGCUUCCUGCAGCUCCCUGAGGUGGAGAGGGACCGCAUCUACCAGGAGGAGAAAGAGAGAAGCCUGACUGGAAUCACACCCACCUGCAACAACACGCCACCAAGAUCCACACAGGCCAGACUGUCCCCAGUCACAGCAGACAGAGUGUUGAGGACGGACAGUUGUGUCCUUAACGUCAGCUCUUCGAUCUACGAGGAGAUACAGCAUGAGAUGAAGCGAGCCAAGGUGUCUCAGGCCCUGUUCGCAAAAGUGGCGGCCUCCAAGAGUCAGGGCUGGCUCUGUGAGCUGCUGCGCUGGAAGGAGGAUCCCAGUCCAGAGAACAGGACCCUCUGGGAGAACCUGUGCAUGAUCCGCCGGUUCCUCAGCCUGUCCCAGACUGAACGAGAUGCCAUCUACGAACAGGAGAGCAGCAACGCGACGGCUCAGCAGCACUGCGUCGACAGGCUCGCUCUGCUUAGCAACGACAACACACUGUACCAACGCAACUCCCCUCUGCCACAGCAACACCAUCUUCAACCCCACCAACCCCUGCAGCCCGAGGCGGGAGGACCUCACCUGUCUCCACGGCAACCGUGCGCUGCAUCGCCGGCUGAGUCCGAGGUCGGGGUCAACUGGGGGCACUUGAGAGUGCGUCUUCAGAGCAGGGGUAGUAGCAGCGGUGAGAGAGGGGACAGUAAGGACUGGGUUGAGGGAGGGCGAGGGGAGAGGGGCAGUUUGGGAGGGGACUGGGGUUGCCCUGGAAGGGUGAGGGAUAAGGGUGCAGAAAGCAAGGGGCAGGGGAGAGAUGGAACUGUGCAGGGCGAGGAAGGCAUUAACGAGAUCAUCAGAGACAGCAAAGAGGGCAGGGUUAAAGAGAAGCUGUCUGUGAAGUGGCCUGGCGUGAAGAAUGAAAGCCGAGGGGCAGGAGUUUGCUCAGAGGCAGAUAAUAAUGAGGUCGAAGAUGGAGAUGAAGCGCAAGGUGAGGGGUUAAGAGUGUCCCAUGAAGCCCUGGGAAUCCUGCAGAGCUUCAUCCGGGAUGUAGGCCUCAACCCAGACGAAGAGGCGGUCCACACUCUCUCGGCUCAACUGGGCCUGCCCAAACACAUCAUCCGCAGCUUCUUCAACAGCCAAGACCAGGGACAGAGCCAAGAGCAUGACCAGUAUCAACACCAGAGCCAGAGCCCGAAACACGAUCAAGACAACAAGCGUAGCUGCACAGACACAAACCUCUUUCAGGCAGACAUGUCUACAGAGGAGCCGGAGGUUGAAAGCAAUGAAAAGCCUGAAAAACAACAAGAACAAACAGAGGAGGAGAAGCAAACAGGGAGAAAUGAGGCAAGUGAGAUAAUUGUUUUGAAAGAAUCAGAUGCUGGCACUCAGACCAUUCCCCCUCUGAAGGAAGAGCAGGAGAACUACAUCUGACCCAAGUACAUCUGGUGACAAAGCCUGGAUGAGCCAUAUCUUCCCUGUGAGCCAUGAGGUGCUUACACCACAUCACCGGCCCACUUACAACUCAGCCAGUUACAACUGUAAAAGUGUUUUGGUUUUAGAGUGUUAUAUAGGAAUUUGUCCUAAAAUGCUGAGGAAAGGCUUAAAGUUGAUUGACUGUAUCUGUUUAUACCAGAGACCUACAUUAUGUAUUUACCUGCGAUUGGAGGAUCCCUAAUGCAUCCUGAGACAGAAAGUAACUGUGACUAUAUGUACAGAUAAUGUUAGUACACAGGUUAGGUGUGUAGUUUCAUAUGUCCGGGUCAAUGGGAACCAAUACAAUGAGCCUCAGAUUACAUAUCACUGUUUAAAAAAGAAUAACUGUACUUGCUUGACUGAUGUAAAUUUAGAUAUGUUCAUGCCAGAAAUGCCUUGUAGAAAGUGGCACUGCCAGUUUGCUUUUCUAUGAUCAAUAUCGCCAUUUUUUCCAGUUUGUUUUCUACUUUAGUUUUUUAGAGUGUUUUUAUGUUUUGAAUCAGAAUUUGUCAUUUAAAAGUUUAGCAGUCACUGUUAUUUACGACAUUGUUUUUGUCCAUGUUUGUCAAUCACAUCUUAUUAAAAAUCAGAUUGCUGGUUUCUGUUUUAGAUUAAAUGUAUAUUAGGGGGGAAAAAUACACAUAAUACAGAGCAUCUUGUUAAAUUUUCCUGAAGUGCUUAAUGAAUCAAUAAAUGAAACAAUGGAUGAGUUAGCAAACUGAUCAAUAAUAAUGACAUCUAAAAUAUUCCUACUGCAAAUUCCUGUCCUUAUUUCUCAAAUUUGUUCAUAGUAUCAAGUUUUGUUUUGGUUUUCAAAGAACAAAUUGUUUCUGAAUACACCAUAGUUUACAUAUGGUAUUUCUAUUAAUGCAUGAAUCUGUACUUCUCUCAAAAUAUAGAUAUACAUUUUUGUAUUGUACCGACUUAUCAUCGUGAGAGGCAAAAGCAGACAACAUAAAAGACAAAGGAUUACGUUUGCUUUUACACUUAUUCUAAUUUUAUGGUUCAGACACACUGUACUGUAUGGAGCUGAGUGCAUAAAGAUUGUGGACUAGAAAUGCAAGACAGAGGCCGAGUGUUCAUGAACCCUUUAAACAAAAAUGUCAGCAUGUUUAUUUGCAAAAAUUGAAACUCUGUCAUAAUUGUAUGUUUGUGUUAUUUCAGUCUGUUCUAUCUGAUCUUCCAGUAGAAAAUCAUUUUUUCACACACAAUCUUGAGUGAGAUGAAUAAAGAUUUCUGUGUUUUGAGACAAA